CCCUCAGCGGCUCUUUCUCUGGCAGCGCGACGGUCCUCAGCGGCAAGAUGGCGACGGCGCAGCAGGAAGCCAGCGAUGGAGCCGCGCAGUUGGCGAAGCCCGAGUCAGACACUGACCCCCUCGGCCGCUUCACGUGUCCCGUGUGCCUGGAAGUGUUCGAGAAGCCGGUGCAGGUGCCCUGCGGACACGUCUUUUGCUCUGCAUGCCUGCAGGAAUGUCUGAAGCCGAAGAAACCUGUCUGUGGGGUGUGUCGAAGCGCUCUGGCACCUGGCGUCCGAGCUGUGGAGCUCGAGCGACAGAUCGAGAGCACAGAAACUUCUUGCCAUGGCUGCCGUAAGACUUACGUCCUAUCUAAGAUCCGAGCCCACGUGGCUUCAUGUUCAAAAUACCAGAAUUACAUCAUGGAAGGUGUGAAGGCCACCACCAAGGAUGCGUCCCUUCAGCCAAGAAACGUCCCAAACCGGUACACCUUUCCUUGUCCUUACUGUCCUGAGAAGAACUUUGAUCAGGAAGGACUUGUGGAGCACUGCAAAUUAUCACACAGCAUGGACACCAAGUCUGUGGUUUGUCCCAUAUGUGCCUCGAUGCCCUGGGGAGACCCCAGCUACCGCAGCGCCAACUUCAUGGAGCAUAUCCAACGCCGACACCGCUUUUCCUAUGACACUUUUGUGGACUAUGACGUUGAUGAAGAUGACAUGAUGAACCAGGUGUUGCAACGAUCCAUCAUUGACCAGUGAGCAGGGUCCUCGUGGUCCACUCAUUCUAGAGCUUCCAUUACGCAUUGGGUGUGAGCACUUGACUCCUGCACCUCACAUGUAAUGCAGAUCUGGAAAUGAGCCAUGGCACCAGACAGGAUCACUUCUCCCAGGGUGACAGGGCCCUAGGGCAGAGCCCUGUUUCCUUUGGGCUCUUGUUGGCACUGUCUUCCCCACUGAUAACCUUGUUUGUCCAUGGUCUGCUCUCACACUCCCCAGCUACUGCCGCCUCUAAGAAGAGUCCAGCUUCUGUUCCCGCAUGUUCCUGUUUCACAUUCAUCCUGCUGUCCAGUGUUCAUCUCUUAGGUCCUCCCAGCCAGCCAGCCCCUUCCCCGGGCCAUGAAUAGCACAAUUAAACAGGGACUCCUUUCCCUGGCCCUGAGGUACCUGGUUCUGCUGUAUACCAGGCCAGGGCUGCGCUCCCCUCUUCUUCCUGAAUGACCUUGGGGUUUCGCAAACUGAUGCUGGAAGUUUUGGUUACUAGUUUCCCUACACCUUCUGCACAUUCGUAGAACUGAUGGCUUCUGUCUUAAAUGCCUGACAGUGCCUUUUUAGGAUAGGGUAUCCCCGUAGAAACAGAAUGGAAGUGUUGGAUAGCGAAGCUGGGGUGCACUCAUCUGUAGGUGGGCAGAAAGUGGGGGUGUGACUUGAUUCUCUCCCACACUGAUGAGUGUUCCCGGGUGGCUGGGUCACGUGCCCUCUGUUGUGUACCUGCUGAUACUCUUGCUCUGAAGAAAAAGAGCCUUGGGGGAUGGGGGCGGGGCACUGACUGUUUAUGUGCAGCUUGAUAACUUGAACCUGAGCAUUAUUGCUGUCAUAUGGACCUCCUUGCUCAAGUGUGUGUUUUAAAACCCUGCCUUUCAGUGCAAAGGCUGUGGCAAAGCCAGGGUCAUACCUCACGUGUCUCUUCAAAACCCCUGUUGGGAAGUUAAGAAAGUUAGGCCCCUGCAGAAGUUAAGGAAGAUGGUCUGCUGGAGGCUUUGUCAACAGCAGCCCUAAAAGCUGCAAGUCCAGCACAUUUUACAAAAUACAGUAUGGGCACCAUCAGGCAGCUGGCCAAUCUGCAGAACCAGACCCUCUGACAGACCUAGGGCUUUGGGGGUAAGUUGUCCUUCCUGUCGUGUGGCUCUGGUCCAGCUGAGACUGCGUGCAAUAGUCUGUUUUUGACGCCGUACUUCCACCGAGGCCUCUGCCUGCCAGGGAAAGGCUAGCUCAGAUCCAGCAGAGACGGGCAGAUCACUUUCCCGGUGUCAGUUGUUGGAAGGGCCCAGACAUUACCACUUCAUAGUACCCCCUGGAAAGGUUUGCUCAGGAGACUCCAGGAGGGAAGUUUGACACAGCCUUGACCUGAGGGACUGAGAAGGGCAUAGUUGUGCAACAGGAACCUCGUGUCCUGCAUCACGUCCACUAUUUCUAAUAGAACGGCUUUCCAGAAAGCUUGGUGGUUAUGUUCUGGCUUUUAAAAGGUGAACUAUAAAUAAAUUUCAUAAUUUAUCCAA